AUGUCGAGCGGGCACGGUGGCGCUCACUGCGGCACCAGCAAUUGCGACUCGGCGUGGGAAAAUGUUGCCGGCAGCGGCGAACACUCCUGCGGCGAUCGAAUCGCGUGGCUACAAAGCUCUGAAGGCGGCUUGCUGAGCGAGUCUGAGGCCUGCGGGCGCGUGGCCGGCGAAUUUGCGAGCGUUUGCGGCGCCUGCAUGCCCGGCGGCGAGUCGUCCCAGCUCUGGAAAAUCACAUUGGCGCUGAUGGUGGUGGCGCUCGGCGUCGGCGUCGCGGCCACCGCAGCCAUCUGCGUGGCCAGUGUCCUCCGGCGUCGGCGGGCGGUGGCGCGGCUCCUGCAGGCGAGGAACGCCUGCUCGCUUGCCGACGGGUUCAACAGCACGAGCGGAAUUCCGGACGAUCUUCGUCAGGGCCACUAG